AUGUCAUAUACUAUGGAUAAUCGCUGCCGACCAGUACAGCCGAACAUUCGGCAAGCGCCACCACAGCUCAUAGCCAUCCAACACCAGCAACCGUCGCAACAGCAGCAACAACAACAGCAACAGCAGCAGCCACAAACACAAUGGCCUCCAUUACCGUUACUCGAGCAAACCGAGUUGGAUACUUUGCAUUCGGCAACUAUUCCGCCCUAUCAAUUUUGGAACAGCGAAUUCAGAAAUAAACAACCCGCGUUUAUCAAUUUUAAUUUUACUCUGCCGUGGGGCGCGAAUUUCGCUGUUUACGGUAGAAGAAAUGUGGCUCCGAGUGUUACGCAAUAUGAUUUCGUCGAGUUCGUUAAUGGAGGAAGAGUUAAUCAUCGUCUAAGAAGAAAGAGGGAUGUUAGUGGAGAUUUUCCCGACUUGCCUUUAGUAUCCGAGUUAAAACUCUCUUACGACUAUCGAACAACUCACAAGAGCGACGUCCUCGAUUCUAUAUCGAAUUCUUACGAAGGUACCAAGAAAAUUCUGGCGGACUCCGAACCUCGCGGCCCUUUUUACAUUCCACACAGUAUUAAAAUUGAUUUCGAAAGACAGUUGCCGAAUGAAAACUCUAACAGGGACUCCAGCACGGAUUUACCUCAUCCUACUCUGGACAUCGGCAUCGAGCGAGAGGAACUCGAUCACGUGAUUUCAAAAAGGGAGGCGGAAAUUGAACCGAUGAUGGUGAACGUUAGUUUGUUGCAUUAUCUGGAUACCGGGAGAUGGUUCUUGUCGGUGUACAAUGAUGAGCUCCAACCUCACAGUGUAUCUCUGAUAAUAUCUGAAGCCGAAGGAGCUGAACAAUUAACAGUGUAUGAUCAGAAUAUACAAGCAAAUAAUGCGGCUUGUGAAGAAAAAAAAGAUAGAGAAACUCAUAAUAAUUUUUUGGUGUUUGAUUUACACAAUGUCUUGAGCUGUGCUCAUGCUGAAGUAAGUAACUUGUAUUAUAAAAUUAAGUUAAAGGUUUACAAUUUAACUGCAAUAUUAUCCAAAACGAAGCAAGUACACUGUGCCUUAUGGAGUGAAUCUCUUAUGGGUAGAAGUGGCAAUGAUAUAGCAAGUGCAUUGAUCAAAAUUCUAAAAGCUGUUUUUAGAGAUCAUGCCAAUGUGAAAACCAUAAUAUUCUGA